CAGUCUUUACAUUCUUUGCUUUUUUUAUAGCAUCCUUUUCUCUCUAGCUGGGCUAGUAGCUUCUUCUCACUUCCACACAUUCUUUACCAACCUGUUUUUGCACAUUUCACAACACCAUCAUCAUGUUUUUCCGAUCGAUCUUCCUAUCAGCAACGGCCCUGGUUGGCACGACCAAUGCUCAUGUCAAGAUGUCAAAGCCUGUCCCAUAUAGUGCGGACAAGGUUGAUACAUCACCCAUCACUAAGGCGCAAUACCCUUGCAAGUCCCAGAAUGGUUUCACUGUUACCACGAUGAAUCCUAUGAAGGUUGGAGAAGAGAUGCCACUGGUGCUCGACGGUACUGCCGUUCAUGGAGGAGGCAGCUGUCAGCUCUCAGUUUCUAUGGACACCGAACCCACUGCCAACUCCGUGUUCAAGGUUAUCAAGUCAAUGGAGGGAGGAUGCCCUGGUAUUGAAGGAGGCACCAACAACUACACUUUUACCCUUCCAGACAGCAUCCCCAACGGCAAAGCUACAUUUGCCUGGACAUGGAUGUCAAAGCUUGCAGGCCAGCCAGAGCUCUACAUGAACUGCGCACCUAUCGAGGUUACCGGUGGCGCUAAUGACAAGAGUGGAUUCGAUGCACUUCCUGAUAUGCUAGUUAUCAACCUUGACAAGUCCUGCGAACAGCCUUCUGUCGCUCCCACCUCUGCAGCUGGAAGCCAGCCCUCCGCUUCACCUCUUCCUCCCAAUGGCGGCGGUGUCUUCGCUCCUGGAGCCUCCAGCGGCUCUCCCGCCGGUCCUACCGCCCCAGUCCUCCCCUCAACCUCCACCACCCUCGUCACCGUCACCGCCACCCCUACUGCCCCCGUCGGCACCGGCUCCCCCUCUACCCCCACCACUCCCUCUACCCCCGGUGGUACCGGCUCCCCCGCUACCCCCACCACUCCCUCUACCCCCGGCAGUGGCUCAGGUACUCCUUCCACUCCUGGCGGCGGCUCGUCCAGCUGCUCCGAAAACGGUGCCAUUGUGUGCAACGGCGCUACCCAGUUUGGUAUCUGCAACAAUGGCAUGCUUGUCUGGCAGGAGGUUGCGGCUGGCACUACGUGUGCUAAUGGCAGCAUUACUAAGAGGGGCUACAAUGGACGUGUUGUACGCUCGCACUUGAUGAGCCGUCGAGUUGCUCAUUACUAGGUUUCUUUCACUCGCUUUGACGAGUUGUGGUGCCCACACUCACACACACAUACAUACGUUCUUACCCUCUUUUUUUCGCUCUUCAUUUUCUUUCGACAACAGGU